AUGAUCUUCAUUGAUCAACCCACCACAACCGGGUUCUCCUAUACAAUUCCGAUUCCGGCAUACCAAGACGACCAAGGCUAUAUUAUCCAGCUGCCCAACGCAACGUGCCCAGAUUAUGCCCAGCAAUAUGGCACAUGCGGCACGUACUCCAAGGCCGAUAUUGCUUUGGUUCCCAACUCGACAGCUAAUGCGGCCCCUAAUAUGUGGAAGACCCUACAGGGCUUCAUGGGUGCAUUCCCACAGUACUCAAAGAGCGGUUUCAAUUUUGCGACUGAGAGUUAUGGAGGUCACUAUGGCCCAAUCUUCAACACGUACUUCUUAGAACAAAACGCGAAGAAGAUUGCCGGCGCCGUCGACAUCGAGCUUGAAAAUGUAUUCAUCGGAAAUGGCUGGUUCGAUCCUUUGAUCCAGUACCAGGCUUACUACAAUUUCUCCGUGUUUCCCGGCAACACAUAUGACUACGAUCCAUACAAUGCAUCCAUCAAAGCGGAAUGGUACAACAACCUCUAUGGAGAGGGGAACUGUGUCGACCAGACUUUGGAAUGCUAUGCCACCGGUCGCAAUGACAUCUGCUCAGCGGCAGAUGAUUUUUGUGCUGAAAAGGUGGAGGAAAUGUACGACAUCUACUCUGGUCGGGAUGAGUAUGAUAUGCGAGAACUGAGUUCUGAUCCGUUCCCGUACGAGUUUUAUGUGGAUUAUCUUAAUUCACCGACAGUUCAGGCAGCCAUCGGUGCAUACCAGAACUUUUCCGAAUCAUCCAAUACUGUUGGGACUAGCUUUGGAAGUACGGGUGACGAUGACCGGAUGGAUGGGACGAUAGGGGAUGUGAAGAAGUUGAUUGACUCCGGCGUACAGGUUGUGAUGUACUUUGGUGAUGCUGACUUCAACUGCAAUUGGCUAGGAGGCCAAGUCAUUGCCAAAGAAAUUAACGCCCCAGGUUACGAAGAGGCAGGUUUCGUUAAUCUCACUACUUCCGAUGGGAUUGUUCAUGGUCAAGUUCGACAGAGCGACUUGUACACGUUUGUGCGCAUCUACGAAUCUGGACAUGAGGUCCCCUUUUAUCAGCCGCUGGCCGCGUUGGAAUUCUUUGAGAGGGGACUUGCUAGAAAGGAUAUUGCAACUGGAAAGACCAAGAUGACACAGCAUGGAGGCUAUCGCACCAAGGGACCCCCUACGAGUGACUUCCGGGAGGGCAAUGGCACGAUAGUCUAUGUCAAUCUUCCGAGCGAUGCUACUUAUAACACAACACUCAACGGCCCUAACCCGUAG